AUGGCUGCGCCUCAGAACUAUGCUCCUCGCUCGCUUCCAGACUCAAUCAAAGAUCUUGGCCUAACACAAGUGGUGAAAGAUUAUAUGUCUUUCCCCAAAAAGCCGGAUACAAAAACAGCCUGUACUGCCAUGUGUAACGCUCUCCGGCAUUCCAUGCCAUCUGAGGUCUCUUUUCCAGGCUCUGAAUCUUAUACUACCAAUAAAGCAAGCUACUGGGCAAAGCAACAGUCUGAAAUAUCUCCUACUUGCUUUUUAGCCGUAAAAACCUCACGUUCAAUAGCUGUGGCUCUUAUUUUGUCACAGGUAUCAGGCUGUCCUUUUAUUAUCCGUGCUGGAGGCACUUCAGAUGUUCCUGGUGCCUCAAACACUGCUCUAGGAGUCACCAUUGACCUUCGGGCUUUCAACAAAGUUACUCUGUCAACUGACAAAAAGAUUGCCACUGUUGAUUCUGGUGCAUUUUGGGGUGACGUCUACAAGGAACUUGACCCCCAGCAGGUGACAGUCGCUGGAGGUCGCGCCUCUACUGUUGGAGUUGGGGGUCUGAGUCUUGGCGGUGGAGUCUCUUACAUUGCUGGCCGUGCGGGACUUACUUGCGACACGGUGUUGAAAUAUACAAUAAUGAUGGCGGACGGCCAAAUUUUAGAGGUAGAUCAGCAUUCACACCCACUUCUCUACCUUGCACUACGAGGUGGUGGGAAUAACUUUGGUGUUGUUCUUAAAUUUGAUUUCGAGACCUAUCCAGUCGCCCAGAUGUGGGGUGGAUUCCGGUCAUACGUUGCCGCAGACACUAAAAACAUUAUCAGUCGAGGAUUGAGCUCCUACAAUGCCAAUCCAAUGGGCAAUGAAGACUUUGCUCUUAUUACCACCUAUGCGGCCCGGAAUGGCACUUUUUUCUCAACAGUUGGUCUCAGCAAUGCAAAGCCCGAAGCCGACCCCCCUAUCUAUAAAUCAAAUUUCCCGGAUCUCCUCAAAAUCAAGCCAUUGGUGGAUUCAACUCGAACCACAACUACCAAGGGCAUGACAGAUGAGUUGGCCCGAAGAUUACCACCAGGCUUGCGCAAUCAAUUCACCACAAUAACAUUCAAAAACGAUGCAGAGCUACAGAAUAAAUUGGUGGAUAUAUAUAUGGAGGAAGCCACCAAGCUUAAACCUCAACUAUCAACAGAAGAAGGCUUUCUUCCUGCUAUUGUCAUUCAACCAAUUCCAACAACAAUAACUUCCAAGCUUAAGAAACGUGGUGGUAAUGCUCUUGGUCUUAGUGAAAGUGAUGGACCUCUCAUUUUGGUUAAUAUUUCCUUUCAAUGGUCUGCAGUUGUUGAUGAUAAAGUUGUUCUACCUGCAGUUCAGCGAAUUCUUGAGCGAACAAAAGCAUGGGCACAGGCAAGGGGGCUCACACAUCGCUACAUUUAUCUGAAUUAUGCAGCGCCACUUCAGAAGCCCAUCACCAGCUACGGGCCAGAGAAUGUGAAGAAAUUGCGACAAGCACAAAUGAAAUAUGAUCCCCGGAAAGUUUUUGAAUUAAAUCAGCCAGGUGGCUUCAAGCUCAACAUGUAG